AUGGUCCUGACAAAGAAGAUGAUCGAGAUUCGGAGUAUGCUGCAGCAGGUCGGACAAUCGAGCACUCUGACACUCCCUUCGAUUGUCGUGAUUGGAUCUCAAUCUUCGGGAAAGAGCUCUGUCCUCGAGGCGCUUGUGGGCCAUGAGUUCUUACCCAAAGGAACUAACAUGGUCACUCGCCGGCCGAUAGAGUUGACACUCGUCAACACUCCUGAAUCAGAUACUGAGUACGGCGAAUUCCCUGACUUGGGUCUCCGACGCAUUACCGACUUUUCAUCUAUUCAGAGGACAUUAACUGAGCUCAACUUGGCAGUCCCUGAUACACAAUGCGUAUCGGACGACCCUAUCCACCUCACCAUCUACUCACCCAACGUCCCGGAUCUGUCUCUCAUCGAUCUUCCCGGAUAUAUCCAAGUGGUAGGACAAGGCCAGCCGCUUGAGCUGAAGCAGAAGAUCUCCGAGCUCUGCGAUAAGUACAUACAGCCUCCCAACGUUAUUUUGGCCAUCUCCGCCGCCGACGUGGACCUGGCAAACUCCACUGCCCUGCGUGCAAGCCGCCGCGUGGAUCCCAGAGGUGAACGAACCAUUGGGGUAGUGACCAAAAUGGACUUGGUGGAUGCUCCUCGCGGUGCAGCCAUCUUGAGCGAUAAGCAAUACCCUCUCAGGCUCGGCUACGUGGGCGUUGUAUCCAAGGUUCCGCAAACUGGUGGUUUGUUCAAGCGGUCUGGUAGCGUCAUGUCUGCGAUUGCAAAAAACGAGAACACAUUCUUCUCGGCACACCCACUCGAAUUUGGCGAGGGUGCAGGCGUCAACGUAGGGACGAUUAAUCUGCGUAAGAAGCUUAUGACCGUUCUCGAACAAACAAUGUCUGCCAGCUUGGCAACCACCAGCGACGCCAUCAGGCAAGAGCUCGAGGAGGCGACUUAUGAGUUCAAGGUCCAGUACAAUGACCGCCCCCUGUCUGCUGAGUCCUACUUGGCGGAAAGCCUGGAUGGCUUCAAGCACUCGUUCAAGCAGUUCACUGAGGAGUUUGGGCGCCCCCAGAUGCACCAGCUUCUCAAGCAAGAGCUGGACCAGAAAGUUCUCGACCUACUGGCAGCCCGGUACUGGAACAAGCCCGUUCAAGACUUGUCCCCUGCCAGGCCUGAGCCAGACAGCUUGGCGGACCUUCCCAAGGCCGAUCCCAACUCUCUGUACUGGCACCGCCAACUCGACGCCUCAACCUCUUCGUUGACGAAGCUUGGUGUUGGCAGACUGGCCACGACUGUCGUUGCUUCCGCCAUCCAGGCACACAUCGACAAGCUGAUCAAGCACUCGACGUUCAGCAGCCACCCGUUCGCUCGGGAAGCGAUUAAUGAAGCCGCCUCAACGAUCUUGAACGAACGAUUCUAUAGCACAAGCGACCAGGUUGAAAAUUGCAUCAAGCCUUACAAGUUCGAAAUUGACAUUGACGAGAGGGAAUGGACUCAAGGCCGCGAUCACUCGGCUGUUGUCCUAAAGAAGGAGCUUCAGGACUGUGAAGGUGCGCUCAAGGGUAUCGAAGAUACUGUUGGCGGUCGCAGGAAGUUGAGAGAGGUGAUGAACUUUGUUGACCGCGCUCGCAAGGGAGAGGUUGUGGUUGAGGGAGAAAGCCGAAGUGGUGCUGGAGGGUUCAGUGCCUCCCUCCUCAAAAGAGGACGCGAGGCUGUCUUCCUUCGAGACCGCGCCGACAUUAUCAAGAUGCGCCUGAUGGCAGUCAAGUCGAAGCAAUGUGCCAAUCUCAAGAAUAAAUACUACUGCCCCGAGGUCUUCCUCGAUGCGGCAGCCACAAAGCUUGCCUCGACAGCUGUUCUUUUCCUUAACGUGGAGCUCCUUUCGGAGUUUUACUACAACUUCCCGCGUGAGCUUGACCUCCGCCUCGGAAGACAUCUCUCCGAUGAAGACAUUGAGAGGUUUGCCAAGGAAGACCCCAAGAUCAGAAGACAUUUGGAGGUCAUCCGUCGCAAGGAGCUGCUCGAGUUGGUCCUCGAGAAGAUGGAGAGCCUGAGACAGCUCGAGGGCCGCGAGCGGGAGCGAUUGAAAGGCGGCAACAGCAGGCCCGCCAAGGAUGACAAGCAGCGCGGACGCUGGGGACUCUUCUAA